AUGUCGGCCAUAACCCACCAAAUCGAGAACUUGCUGGCCGUAAUAGCACACCAGGUAGACCUGCAUGACAGAAGUCCCGAUGAAGAUCACCCGCUGAUCUCUGAGCCAACGAAUAAACACAAAAUCCAUCGGGAUAAGAACACCCUGGAUAUUGCAGUGCUGGUGGAUCAGGUGUCCACGCUGCGCACCCAGGAAUUGGAGACUGAGACGACGGAUAUUAAGGAAACAGACACAGCCAGCAGCCAGGAGCUAAACUCGCUUAAAGAGGAGCUGGCCAAGAUGCGUGAGGAACGCAAUUACUUUCAAGCCCAGUAUAAGUUCCAAACGCAGGUGAACAGCGAGCUGAAGAGCCUUCUGGUGGCCUCCGUGGGCGAGGAUCUGCAGACACGGGUUAAUCUCCUCACGGAGGACAAACUGCAACUGGCCAGAGCUCUACUGGACACUGCCAACAAUUUGACCACCCACACCGAACAGAUUGAGUUCCUGGCCGGACAGUGUGAGGUCUGGCAAUCCAAAUUCCUCGCCAGCAGCGUUAUGGUCGAGGAGUUAGCCCGCUGGAAAGCCGAUCUCACACAGAAGAAUCAGCUAUUGAACGAGUCAACGAAGCAACUGCUGCAUGCCACCCAUCAGAUCCGCGAAAUUCAGCUAGAUAUGCUUAAGCAACUGAAGUUCCUGGCCAAGAUUCGAUUCCUCAACCUACCCGCCACCGAUGUAAUCAGCCUGAGUGCCGAAAACCUGAACAUUCUCCAACGCAUGGUCCUGCACACUGGCGUGGGCAUUCCCGAGGAGACCCUUAAGUUGUCCAGCGCCAGCACAAGUCAACUUUGUGACGCGGAGAAGUACGCGGUUAGGGCCUUGGAAUUCAUUAGUCAGCCCAUGAUGGCCACCGAUGAAGCCAUACGAGCACUUUUCGACCAGGCCCAGCGGCCCCACUACGUGCCUGCAUCCGAAGUAGCUUCUGCCGAUAAUCAGCAGCUAGAUAAAACGCAAUAGUUGUCGACAGAAAUCAAUGUCAUGAUUCGAUUAUUUUAUAUACAAUCGAAUAACAUAAAUGCAAAGCUUUAAAGGUGCUUAAAACAA